GCUCACCUGGCUCUGACUGUGCGUGUGUGUACAGGAAGGCAGCACGUCACCGGGUCGCGUGGGAGCCCUUGCGCCGCGGCUCAUUUCGAGUGUUGGGCAGUGGGUGGCAGGUGUUGAUACCUGCUCGCGGAAGUCAUGGAGGCUCCAUAUCGGGGACAGCGACAUUGACCAUACAGAUCCAAAACAAGGUCUUUGCCGGAGAAGAUGCUGAGUUGGACGGCGAAGAGUGGCAUCCAUUUGAGGUAAAUCCGACUGCCGAGCCGAGGCCACCGCCACCGCCAGACUUGGAUGGUGGCGCUUUUGAAGAGCCUCCACCGCCUCCACAGGUGUCAUCAUCUGUGCCCAGUUCAAUGAAGGAGGCGAUGAAGGAACUGCCACCUGCGCCCAGUUCUCCUGGGGCUGAUGUACCACGGCAGCUCAUGGACGAGCAUGUUCGAGCGCGCAUGCAAUGGAUAGGUGGCAAAGCAGGCCUUCCUGCUAACCACGAUGCAGCCGGGAAGCGACCGAAGCGGUCCAAAGAGAUGUUUGAGGUGGCGCCGGCUGCACUGCCCACAGCGCGAGCAGCUCAAGUAGAGGAAGACGCGGCUCAACACAAAGAGAAAGUGGAGCCAUCGCCCCAAGCAAAAGCGCUCUCCGAUCCAGUGCUGGAUCCCAAAGUCGCCGCUGCAUGGGGGCUGCCGAGCUUGCAAAGUACCGCACACUGCACUGCUGCACAGCUCCCCAAGGUGAAGCUGGGCAGCGACGCGGCGGAAAGUUUCAGGAAAGACCCAAGCCACAAGCAACGGGCUCUGAAGGAGCUCAAAAGACCGGAAGAUGGUGAGCUUUUGAAGACGAAAGCCACGCGCAAGAACAAGAAAAAGAAGGAGAAGAAGAAGAUGAAAGCAUCCAAGGUCGAUGAGUCCACGAGCACGACAUCCGGUCGAAAGCGGAAGCAGAAAGACAAACAGUCACGGGUCAAGUCGGCCAAGGAGAGCAAGACGCCAAAGUCGAAUGGAACUACCAGGUCUCAAAAGAAGAAGGACUCCUGGGGUACUCCAAUCACUACUUUGACAACAGCUCUUGCAGAUGAUGUCUCAGAUGACCCGACCCAAGUUGCGGAGGAGUCAGAUGAUGCUACGCAAAUUGCUGACGAGGAUCUAGAGCCAACGUCACCAGCCUGUCCGCCUUCGUCUCCGUCCGACCAGAUGGAGGAGGUCCGGAUGGCUGCGACAGUGAUGAAGCCCCAAAGAAGAGAUGGCAAAAUGCGCGGCCUCUUUCUGGAUAUGGAUAAGUUGUACAGGUGA